UCACAGCUGACUGAGGACGGCAUGAGGAGCGGCGGCCACAGGAGGACGGCGCACUGAGUGAGAGCACACGGAGGAAGCAGCUCUGCGCACAUCUAUUCCCAGAAGGAGACGGAGCAGGACCAUGUCCCGGGAGGAGGCGUGAGCGGCCCUCCAGCCCCCCGCCGCCCCACGGCGGCCCUGACGCGCGGAAGCCGCUGGAUGCAGCGUUCAGGAUGCAAACAUCUGCUGUGAGCAGCAGCUGAACGGCCGAGACGCUUCACCGCUGCAGCAUCCCGAAAGGACCUGCGCGUGCGUGCGUGCGCGCGUGCGUGUGCGUGUUAGAGAGUGUGUAUGUGCGCGUGCCCAGGUGUGUGCCACUAUGAGCCUGGUCUCGGGCUUCCCUCACCACCCGGUCAUGCACCACCACGACAGCCACCACUACUCCUUACACGCUGCGGCGGCCGGUCGGUGUCACGAGGACACCGGCGCGCCUCCGUACUUCACGAGCUGGCUAAUCAGCCACGCGGACAUGUCUCCCACUGAGUACAGCCUCGCGCCCGGCUACAGCCCAGAGUACCACAGCAACAGCGGCGGCGGCUCCAGCGGCGGCCUGGACCCCCACCACCACCACCACCACCACUACGGCCCCGGCGGCCUGGUUCCGGGUCCCGGCACCAUCUCAGUCAACGGAAACACGGUCGGUAUGCACCACCACCACCACCACACGCACCCGCGGCCCGUGAAGCGGAGACCCACGGCCAACCGCAAGGAGCGGCGGCGGACCCAGAGCAUCAACUCGGCCUUCGCGGAGCUGCGGGAGUGCAUCCCCAACGUCCCGGCCGACACCAAGCUGUCCAAGAUCAAGACGCUGCGGCUGGCCACCAGCUACAUCUCCUACCUGAUGGACAUCCUGGACAAGGACGGCCAGCACGGAGACACGCAGGCCUUCAAGGCCGAGCUGAAAAAGACGGAGGCUCGGGAGGAGCGCAGGAAGAGAGAGGCGGUGGAGAUCCCGAAGACAGCCUCUUCAUCAUCGUCCUCCUCGUCGUCGUCCUCCUCGUCAGCGGGCGAUAAGAAGAGCAAAGGGCGGACGGGCUGGCCGCAGCAUGUCUGGGCUCUGGAACUCAAGCAGUAGCUCGGGCCUCGCAGAACCUCGUCCGCGGGCCGCUGUCGUGUCUGUGGACGUCCGGGCCUCCCGCAGCAGAGGACGCCGCUGGAGCGCGUUCACGUCGCCGUGGAGGCCGGUGGCAGCUGAUAGAACAUAACUUGGGAUUUAUAACUGUUAUCCGGCUAAAGGCGCUCUGACGCUGGUCCCCCCCCAAGCUUCACCCCGGGAUCAGAAUCAGAACCACACACAUUUACUGCAGAACUAGUAGGAAGAAGAACACAGACGUUUUGUUAGAUGUUGUGAGGCCUCAUCAGUGAACCAGUAGAACCCGCAGCCUGCUGCCCGUCUGGUGCUGAAGGAGGCUCCGUGCGCUCUCAGUUAUGUUCUACCAGGAACCGAGCCGAGGACCGGCGGAACCAGUCCUCUGUUUCUGUCCGACACACACACACCUACACACCUACACCUACACACACACACACACACACACACACACACACACACACACACGCUCUCGGCUUUAUUUAAUGGAAUAUAUUUAUGUGCAAUUUGCCCGUUGGGAGGAUCACAGGCCUGUGGCGGACUGACAGCGGACAGACUGAGCAUCUGUGAUACAGGACAGCUCCAUGUGAACAUGUCUCUCUCUCUCUCUCUCUCUCUCUCUCUCUCUCUCUCUCUCUCUCUCUCUCUCUCCGUCCCAGUUGUACAUGUAGUGACGUCACGGCGGUGACGCAGUGUCCGUGGUGGUGAUGAUGUAACCGGCCGCGCGCUGCGCCUGCGUGCGGGAUGUAAACGGUGUGAUGAAUGAAUAAAGCAGCGCCUGGUA